AUGUACUGGACCCUCCACUUCAUAGUCACCCGUCUCCCUGGCUCUCUUAGCUCGGUCACGGACUACUUUCUCGCUCGCUGUCCCACCGAGCUCACUGUCGACCUCCUAGAGGAGCACCUCCUUGCAGCAGAGAAGAGCAUAAGCGCUGUAGGUGCUGGUCGUGGCGCUCCUUGCGCCCCCAUCUUUGAGGGGUGCUCUCCCUCUCCCCUCGCCCCCUCCUUCGCUACUGCUGCUGCUGUUGACUUCCUUGGUGCUGAGUCUGCUGGAGGAGGAGGUGGAGGAGGGACUGGUGGCAGGAGUGCUGGCGGGAGUGGUAGCGGCGGUGGAGGCAGUGGCGGCGGAGGGGGUGGCGGCGGCGGUGGCGGUCGGGGUGGAGGCACUGGCGCUGGCCAGAGCCAGCAGCAGCAGCAGCAUUCUCAGACGCCCCAGCAGCUUCGUUCGUGGCUUGCUCAGCGUGGGAAGUCUGGGGGUGGUGGUCGCUGCCCAUAUGAAAUUCGCACAGGUGAUCGCAAGGGUCAGACGUGCAACAAGUUUCACACCCAGCACCGCUGCUUCUCCCGCCUUGACGACGCCUGGCGUGAGGAGAUGGGCGAGGAGUAUGAGCGCCCUCGGUGGCAUGAGCUGCUUAAGGCUGGUGUAGACAUUUUUGCUCUUGACUUUGAUGCUAUUAUCUCUGCUAUGUAUGCAUUGGAAGUUAGUGCUGAUGGUGUUUGUUACCUGUGUAUGCUCCCUGACCCAGGUAUAGAGGCUGCUGCCUUAGGUGCGAGCGAGUCUGCUCUCUCAGGUACUGCGCCUGCUGAGGCCUUGCACACCUUCACACUUGACUCAGGUAUAGAGGCUACUGCCUUCGGUGCAGGCGAGUUUGCUCUCUCCGGUACUGCGCCUGCUGAGGCAUUGCACACAUUCACGCUUUACUCAGUUCUUGCACGGUCCACCACUGUGCUUCCGUGCCCGGCGGUCCCGUCUGGCUCACUAUCAGGUCUCCAACUCCCCCCGUUCUCGACAAACUUGGUGAGCAACGCUGCCCUUCAGGAUGUGGGGGUUACACCCCUGCAUGGCAGCGUAUGGCGAUCUGCACGUGUGCACAGACUGGCCGUCACCUGGCCACGUUCACUCGUCGGCCAGGGUCGAGUCUUUACACACUGA